AUGGUUAUUGACAAUCAGAGCCGUCACUACGGCAACAUUGGCUAUCCGGACAACAUGUAUUCGAGCCAACUUCAUACAUCACCACAAUUCACCGAUCCGUGGGGGGCGCACUCAACCGCUCAAUCACACGCACCUGCUUACGCAACUUCCAUGCCAAAGCAGGAGGUCUCGCGGACCAUGCCCAUGUCAUUUUCUCAGAACCCGGUGUCGGCGCCCGCAAUGGUCUCAGGUAGCAGUUACACAAAUGCCGGGUUUGGAGGUUCGGAGUUACUGAGUCUGUCGCAAGAUAUUCAACGCCCAACCUACCCUUCAGAUCAGGCAUAUCAAGCUUCGCCUCAAAGCAACAACUCUUUCAGUCAAUCUUCGUACCCAACACUCAAUUACGCACAAUCACUUCAGCAGCAACAACAACAACAGCAGGAUGUUCGAAAAAUGUCUGAUCCGAACGAACAUAGCGGUCGUACGGAACCCCCCAGCUUUGGCGAACUCGACGCGUCUCGCGGGAUGUUAGCCCUAAGCCAUCAGAACCUCACCGACUUGACACCGCGAAAUCUAUAUGAAGCCCGACACUCCCGUAACUCCGAGGGAUAUGGGUUUCCGUCGUCUCAUUCACUCUCGUCUUCCAUAUCGGCUCCAUCACACCGUGACUCCUAUCAUUACUAUAGCGCUUCCGUUGCGUCCGCCGACUCAGGAACAGAAUACAGCUCUGCCGCCUCGGAUGCUGGUUAUGACUCCAUGCCUUCAUCACGUACCCUGCCACGGCCAAGUCAACUGAUGGGUGCCAAUCUAGGCCCGCCGGCUCCACAGUCCAUGAUGAGCCAGUUCUCAUCCAAGAUGUCGUCCAACACGCAGAAGAAACACAAGUGCAAGGUUUGCGACAAGCGAUUUACACGGCCUAGCUCACUUCAAACACAUAUGUACAGUCACACGGGUGAAAAGCCAUUUGCAUGUUCCGUCGAAGGCUGUGGUCGACACUUUUCCGUGGUUUCCAACCUGCGCCGCCACAAGAAGGUCCACAAGGGUGAAACUGUCUCGAGCCACUCCGAUGAUGAAGAUUGA